CGGCAUCUGAUGUCGAGGCGCCGCACUCGCGCCGACGGAGUAGUCCCAUUGUUCUCUUCCGCUUUUACCGGGCACUGAAAGUUAUAAAGGAGGCACUGGUACGACAUUCGUUUUUAGGCACAUCAUCCUUCCUCCGUGGGCACCAUAGUACGUUUGUAUCGUGUGCAUGCUCGAACAUUCGUGUCGUCGUCCGUUCUCGGAUGAAAACCAGCGGAGAGGAGUUGAAAGCUUGCGCAUUAUAGAGCUAAAAACGCGCGGCUCGGUUGCUUGAUCGAAACAUGACGGAUAUUUUGGCGCCACAGUGCUCUGCGAUCGCAGCAGUCGCUAGCUGUCGACGGGCUUCCACUUGAGCCGACAGCAUCAGUCAUGAAGAGCCGCUUCAGCACCGUCGACAUCCUCGCGAUGGUCGCCGAGCUCCAGAAGAGCGUCGUCGGCAUGCGGGUUGUGCAGGUGUACGACGUGGACACAAAGACGUACUUGUUCAAGCUAAGCCGGCACGAGGAAAAGGCCGUGCUGCUCAUCGAGUCUGGCGUGCGGUUGCACACCACCGAAUUCGCGUGGCCCAAGAAUCAGAGCCCGUCGGGCUUCGCUAUGAAGCUGAGGAAGCACCUGAAGAACAAGCGCAUCGAGUGGCUGGCGCAACUGGGCGCCGACCGCGUCGUGGAUCUGCAGUUCGGCACGGGCGAGGCGGCGUACCACGUCAUCCUCGAGCUGUAUGAUCGGGGCAACGUGGUGCUUACCGACGGCGACUACCUCAUCCUCAACAUCCUGAGGCCUCGAGCGCUGGGCAAGGACGACGACGUCAAGCUCGCUGUGCGCGAGAAGUACCCCGUCCAGAGUGCGCUGGCCGAGCCGCCUUCGCUCGACGCCCCGCAGCUGUCCCAGGUGCUGGCUCAAGCGGCACACGGUGACACGCUCCGCAAACUGCUCACGCCAAGGACUCUGUAUGGUCCAGCCCUUCUUGAACAUGUGUUGUUGGGCCACGGUCUGUCAGCCGGAGCCAAGAUCAUCACAUUUCCAGUUGAAGGACUUGCAGAAAAAGUCCUGGAAUGCUUGCACGAUGCAGAUGCUAUCAUGGCGCGUGCAAAGACCGAGUCGUGUCGUGGUUACAUUGUCCAGCGGAUAGAGAAACGCAUUCAGCCCGCCGAGGAUGGAAGCACCGAAAUCACAGCUUACCAGGAGUUCCACCCAUUCCUCUGGCACCAGCACAAUUCUGGAACCGGUGCCAUUUCCACGAUUGAGCUUCCAUCGUUCAGUGCUGCGGUUGAUCAGUUCUUCUCGAGCAUUGAAAUGCAGAAGAUUACUCUACGCGCCCACCAACGUGAGAAGGAGGCGCUCAAGAAAUUGGAGAACAUCCGCACGGACCACGAGAAAAGAAUUCAGGCUCUUCAAGAGGUGCAGCAAGUGGACGCGUGGAAAGCAGAGCUGAUUGAAAUGAAUCUGGAUUUAGUGGAACGUGCCCUGUGUGUGGUCCGCAGUGCUCUUGCCAACCAGAUCGGCUGGGCCGAGAUCACGGAGUUGCUCAAGGAAGCCCAGGAGCAAGGUGACCCCAUGGCUCGUUCCAUCCGCAAACUCAAGCUUGAGACGAAUCACUUUGAGAUGCUGCUGAAGGACCCGUACGACGAAGGAAAAGAAGCCCUGGUUGACAUUGACAUCGACCUCUCUGCGUAUGCCAAUGCGCGCAAAUUCUAUGAUCAGAAAAAGCAUGCAGCGGGCAAGCAGAAGAAAACGAUAGAAUCAUCUGUAAAGGCAUACAAGUCGGCUGAAAAGAAGACGCGCGAGGCACUUAAGCAAGUAGCACUCACCACUAACAUUGCUAAAGCACGAAAGGCAUUCUGGUUUGAGAAGUUCUUCUGGUUUAUCAGCUCGGAGGACUACUUGGUCGUGGGAGGGCGUGAUGCACAGCAGAAUGAGGCUAUUGUGAAGAAGUACUUGCGGCUUGGUGACAUUUACGUGCAUGCAGAUCUCCACGGUGCUAGCAGCAUCGUCAUCAAAAACCCAUCAGGGGCACCCGUGCCACCCAAGACCUUGAACGAGGCUGGAACCAUGGCCAUAUGCUACAGUGCGGCCUGGGAUGCAAAAGUUGUGACCAGUGCCUGGUGGGUGCAUCACCACCAAGUUUCUAAAACAGCACCGACAGGACAGUACCUCACACCGGGAGCGUUUAUGAUUCGUGGUAAAAAGAACUACCUGCCCCCUUCAUAUCUCAUUAUGGGUUUUGGCUUUCUCUACAAGUUGGAUGACGAGAGCAUUGAGAGGCAUCGAGUUGAGCGCAGGGUGCGUGUGGCAGAGGAUGAAACAGAGGCUAGCGCGGAGCUGCCAGAAGAAGGACCCGAGUUGGAGAUUUCCGACGAGUCCGACUCCGAGAAGGGUAGUGUCAAGGGGAAUGUUGGUGUGGACAGUAUGAAAGGCGAUGCUGAGCUGUUCCCCGACACGGUUGUGAAGCUUCCUCAUGAGCUAGAGACAGCAAUUUCGAAGCAGGACGAUCAUGAUGCAGCCGAAGAGAUUGUUUAUUUGCAGCCAACAAGAGGGCCGCAACUCAGCCGCAAACCACCUCCAGCUAAGCCAAAGCCUCAGCCACCUUCGCAAGAAGUGCCACCUCUUACGAAUGCUGAAAAGGUAAAUAAGCCUAAGAGAGGGACGCAUGGCAAGUUGAAGAAAAUCAAGGAAAAGUACAAGGACCAAGAUGAAGACGAGCGUCGUCUACGCAUGGAGAUCCUUGCGUCAGCCGGUGUGCCAAAAGAGACGAAGAGUCGCAAGCAGAAAAAGGGCAAAAAGGAUACUGGGCAGGCUAUCACUAGCAAAGGGAAGCAGCCAAAGGCUCGACAUAAUCCAGAGCAACCACCUGAUGUGGGAGUUACGAGCGGUGCUGACAAGCCAGCAGCAGGAGAUGCAGUGGAACAUGAAGGCCAGAAUGGAGGCAGGAGCAACAAGGCCGCAGUGCCCGUAGAAGAUGAGGACCUGCAGGCUGAUGCAGAAGAGGACGACGAUGAAGGCAAUAUUGGCGAUGAGCAGCAGGGGCUUCUGGCUUCACUCACAGGUUGCCCAGUGGCUGAAGAUGGUCUCUUGUUUGCUGUGCCUGUGUGUGCCCCCUAUGCUGCCAUUCAGAACUACAAGCACAAGGUGAAAGUAACACCCGGCACGGGGCGGAGGGGAAAGGCGGCCAAGACGGCACUGUCAGUCUUUCUGCUAGACAAGAACACCAGUCCACGGGAACGGGACCUUCUGCGUGCGACGAAGGACCAAGACAUCUCUCGAAACAUACCUGGCAAAGUCAAACUUUCAGCACCACACUUGCAGAAACGAAAGUGAGAUGCAUCGUUCUCAUCUGCAACAGUUGCUGGUGUAAACAUUUUCUCCUUGCGAAUCAUGGUGUUUUGAAUGAUUCUACAUUGUUAGAGUGUUGUAUAGAAUGGAACACAAGGACAGAACAGUGAGUGCGUGUUCAGAAUAAAUUUGUUAGGUUAUACCAGCCUAAA